AUGCCGGCAGAGGCAAGAGUCUACAUUCUCGAGUAUACCGAGAUGCAAAGGAUCGGCCCCGACGAUAGCGCGAUGCUACUGCUGGCAGAGCAGAUCACGAUCCUGUUGCUCGGGACUUGUGACUUGCGAGUACUCCGCCACUCUGACCCCGACUACAAGCCUCAGACGUUUUCCGAAAAGUCCGAUGACUUAUCGCAGGACUAUGCGCGCCACGUAGCACACGAUGCGCCUUCCUUCGACAACGAUGUCCACGACGACGACGUCAACGUCGCCGUCCAGGGACUCGCUGAUGGUGAUGAAGACGAUGGUGAAGCUCACGAUGCCGAUGGCAAAACUGGAGCGAGUAAAGCUCGUUGGAGAGCUAUGAAAGAAGUUGCCGCUCAGAUACAGGCCAUCGCCAAGCAGGUCUUCGCCCAAGUUGACUGCAUUCCUGCCAUCGACCGACCGACCUUCGCUGGGUUCUACAAAAACAUUGAAGGCCUCAAUUUCCACUCUCCGUUCUCGGAAACGUACAGUCGUGCUGUAGUCACCAAGAUUGUGGUCCCACGCGUCAUGGCCAUCUACCGACGUUCUGCCUUGUUAUGCAGGGAGAAGGCUACAACGAAAUAUGUCGGACGAAUCGGCGCCAAGAGUCCCAACCGUGUCGAGUUCUAUGUUCACGAGACAUUUGGACCUCCUCAUGGAGCCAAAGUGUCGAUGAUUUUCGAGUUCACCGAAGACGGCAAACCCAAUCCAUACAGCUGGGUGAGGCUUAUGCAUGUUGUUUGUCAGAGCGACGCUGAGCGUGCAAAGAUCCCUGGGAUACGCAUCGAAUGGCAGGAGAAUGGCCAAUUGAAGACACAAUAUCUACAGACCUCGCACGACCCUGCACGCUUCAAUGACGCUAUACCCGGUGGUAUCCGGGCUCCGGGCGAAACUAUUGGGUUGUUGAACUCCUUGGAGCGCAAGAUUGUGACACAAGGACGUCAGGCUUUUGAGACGUAG